AUGGACUUCCUCCAAAGGUGCACCACCAAUGUGCAUGCAGUACACCAUAUAUCCGACACACCUUACGUCCAAUACCAAUACAGCUGGAAGAAUGACCGCCUGCGCGUGGCAGAAGCGCUAGGCCACAUCCGCAACACCCUCACAUAUCUGAGAGCGCGAAAUGUGCUAUGCACAGGCGUGGCAGAGCAUCUUUGGAUCUUCGGUCAUCUGGAAGACGAAACCAAGCAUCGUCUCGACGCCGUCCACCAAGCAUUGGUCCUCGUUGACAGUGGCACUUUGGAGAACGAAUCGCCCAAUACACCCGUUCUUGGCCACACUACCAGAGACUUGUUCCUCGAGGCCAUCGAACACGCACUUGCCUUCCGACUAGCGAGAGACACCAACGUCAUCCACGUUGGGCCAUGGACCUGGCUAUACAUGCCAACGGAACUGGACGACGAAGAUGGCCAGGAUCGCACGCUCGUCACCAUGUCUGUCAAGGGCUCUGAAUCGGACACGUUAUACCUGGUCCCGAAGUUCUUCCCUUCUUCAUGGCAACCACUUGAACAUGUUGGUGCAGACGAUGCGCAUACUCUCGUCCUUGCACCCAUGGGUCAUCUUGCCCGGCCUGUGAUACAGGAUGCGGACCCUGCGACUGCCAACCGCGCUUGGAGAGACCAGCUCGUCGCCGCGCUUGCGUCCAAAAAUAUUCACUUGUCGACGGAGGACGAAUGGCAGACUGUUGAAAUGAUUGAUGGCCCCAGCGAGGGUGUGUUCGACUGGCCACUCCGCCUUUGUCUUGCGCCUCGUGUCAGCCAAGCAUACCACUCAGAUCUACAUGCGCCCAAGACCGAUUGGCGGUCUUGGUUUGCCGGACUCAGUAAUCAACAGACUUUCCUGAACCCGCUCGGUCUGGCAGAGGCUUGGUUCAACGGCGCUUCUGAGCGGCAGCGUGUUCAACCUGAUCAUUCCCCUGCUCAGAUGGGAGAGCUCGAUGAUGCUCUUCCUUCCUCCGUACCGAUAGAAGGCCAGGAUGCCAGCGUCAGCUCGCCAUUCAAUCAACGUCAAUUUGAUCAACAGGCUGCCAUGGCAGGCAUAUACCCAACGCCGCCUGACGGACUUGCUCAGAGUCAAGCUACUGCGCAGCCGAUUUUAGCCACGACGCCCUCUGUCGCCAACGCCGAACAAACGGCGACCAUUAUCGAAACGUUGCCCACGAGCGACGAAGUGCCGAAGGAGUCUGAACGUUCUGCUGCAGAGCAUGCCGAUUUCCAGGUGGGUCCAGAGGAUCUAUUCGGAGACGUUGGCGAGAUUGGAUUCGGCGAUAACGACGUUGGUGACGCGGACUUCAGCUUCUUCGAUGAGCCCGACGACGAAGCAAUGAUGGUGGAUGACACAGAGAUUGCACUUCCAGCCAGUACCCCGGCCCAGAAACUCGCAGACAUUGGACUUACUGAUAUCGAAGAGAAGACAAUGUUGGCACCUGUGGAUUCGUCCCUCCUGCUCCAAGACGGCCGAAUGGCAUCGGGCACUGAUCACGCCUCGGACGGCGUUGCUGAGAGCACCGCAGUCCAGCAAAUGGCCGCGCUAUCUCCGCCCAAAGUCACAUACGAAAAGCCACUGAGUCCAUUCGGAAUCCGUGAGCGUCUGCUUCCGCCGCCUGUCCCUGCCAGCAUGGUGCAACCCGAUGUAAGACGUGAGGUUGAGCGACGCAGGAGCAGUACCUUUCAACCGGUCGGUUUCAGAGCAGGAUUCGAUCUUGGAUCGAAGUAUGCGUCCGUUGGAACACAGCAUGGCAAGCAGCACUCAAGUGCAUCUCUUCCGAAGGCACCAAGUAUAGGUCUCACUCCUAUGCGUAAAAAGUCUCGUGCAAUCAAGCUUGAUCGUGGCGCUAGCCGAUUUGAUACGGAGGAUGACACCGAAAGCGAAGAAGAUUCCUUCGAGUCCUCGUCCAGUGAGAGCGACGCGGAGCUACCGCCCCGUCUCCCAUGGGAUAACAGAAAGAGAAAGCGGGUCAUUGAUGGUACAAAACCUGAGCGGGAACAGGAUGUGAUGUGUUCUGAAGAUGGCCCGCGUGAUGGCCUCUUAGAAGUGCAUACCAAUGAAACUCUGCUAGGCAUUCUUAAGCCAUGCACUGGUGUAUCUGACAAAGUGGACCUCAUCAGCACAAUGUGCACCUCCUCGCAUGAGGCACAAACCCAGCGGCGUUAUCGAAGCUGCCACGCCCUUCUCGGAAGCCCAGGAGAAGAGGUUCUAUGGCCAAGUAUUGAGGAGACCUACGACUUUCGCAAGGACGACCUGAUAUACGUGGCGCAAAUAGUGAGCGAACAUUCUGCAACAGCGCUCGGUGACGUGCAUUUGGUCAAUACCGGAUACCAUGGCCUCCAACGCUGCAUCGAGACUGCUUUCAACGAGACUCUUCCAAUUUCCGAGCCACAAGAGCUAAGUCAAGUCGCAUUGAUGAGAGAGCCACCGCCUCGUGCCAUGCCCAAUGCUGGGAAAGGGCCUCAAGGUCAGCCUAGACCACCACAACGCUCCGACAGCUCCAUGGUCGGCCCCGACUACUUCUCUUUGCCACCUCCGUAUGUCAAGGUUCAGCGUGGGAGCGACAGCUUCGAGAUGCUACCGACGAGUCUGCCAUUCUGGGAGCCUUUGGGUCUAGGGCCGACGGGCGGGCCCAAGGACGUGCAGGCGUUUUGUGUAUUCCCCUGCAACGCCGACUUGCAGCGCGCUGUGAGACACUUUCUGACUGAUGUGGGCACAGCAUAUGAGAGCUGCAAAUAUGGCUCGCACGUGCACACGCGUACCAUCGAUUCGAAGGACGAACUGGACAAGUAUCAAGAUGGUAUGACACCAGUGAAGCUUGACACCGACAUGUCAAUCGUGGGGGCGUUCAAAGCCUACGCUCAGGCUUGCGCCCAGCUCGGGAAGGCACUAGCAUCUAUUGGUCCGCACGAAAAUGAACGGGCUACGGUGAUAUACAUGCUCAAUCCUUUUACCAACAAGCAGGCGCUCCACCACUUGUCUGCUUGUUUCUGGCUGUUGUUCAAAGCCUACCGAGAAAGUCUGUCCAAGGCACAAAAGAAUCACAGCGGCAGUGACAUUGUGCUCCAGCUCGUGCCGAUUGAUCUUGUCGCAUCUUUCGACACGAUGGUAGUACUCGAUAGCAGACAGGCUAUGGCCAUCGCUCGGGAGGUCUACGACAGAUGUCCGCCAUCUUCAACACUUUCAGCUGGAGGCGAUAGUGCCGUGCUUCCCAUACUCUCUGCUCCGUCAGUAGAGUUGGCGAGCGCUGCACCAAAGCGCAUUGGCUUCCAACUGGCUGCUGAGCCACCUAGCCAUCUGCUUCAUGAGGGAUCAAUCCUUCAUCUCGCGUACGCCUGCAGUAAGGACGGGCAGUGGGUCACUGCCGCGUGGGUCGAUAACACUGGUUUGUAUCAGUCUACCGUGGCUUACUCUCUUCGUGGCAAGUCUCUGGCUGAACCCGCAGAGGAGGUCGUCGAACGCACCUACGAGAUUCUGGCAGCGAGGAAGGUGACUUGGCGACUUUUCAUUGUGACGCACCAGGGUCUUGACCAAUCCAUAUCGCAAUGCUGGCGCUCCCUCGCUAAGCCUCGAGCCCAGCCGCUAUGUGUCACACUCUCAACGGUCCAGCUUGAACCUGCACUCGUUGCUCUUUCGCCAGCUAGUCCAACUGAUGGGCAUCUCAAAGAUGGCAGCCAAGACGGCGGCUUCCUUACGCCGGCAUCGACUCCGCAAGGUAACAACUUCACAAGCUCGCCAGACGUCAGCGGCCAAAGCAAUGCUCCGCCAACUCCGGCGCCGAGCGAUACCACAGCCUCUGCACUGGAGGUAGAGAUGGAGACGCACCUGGUCGACACCACUGACGAGACCUGGGGCGCUCUGAUCUCACCGACAUUUUCGAGUUUCAUUGCUGACGUUGGUUUGGCCAAUGCCUUGAUCUUCAAGCGUGGAGGCGGCGGAGAGGCUGCACAUGUCACCGCCACAGGCUCACGACACAGCUUACCUGGAAUGGGCGUGACCUUGCAUUGGACGAUACAGGUCAAACCCAACGGUGCGAUCGAUGAGGGCACUGUAAAACAAGCGGAACUGACGUUGCGGGAGGUGGUCAAGAUGUACAGAAACCUAGCGCUUCUCACUAAAGCAAAGGGAUUAGAUCGUGGGCGGGCUGUUUGUGCGCCUCUGCCUGUCGCUGCUGCAAUGCUCGGGGCGGAAGGGCUAGAUGGAUUGCUUCCUGCUAUACAAUGA